AAAUCUUUUCGUUAAUAUCCCGGUACCAUGAUCGGUUUGUAGUCAGUCAUUCCUGCUUGUUCCUGUUGUUCGUUCAAAUUUGCUCAAAGUGAUUACACAUUUUUACUUUGUUAAAAAAGGAGUGCACGUAUAAUUUGUGAUCUGGGUUGUUUUUAUAUUAAGAAAAAUGAAGGGAGCUAGAGCUCUAUUUGUACUGGGCUUGAUAGCCCUUGCUUCCGCAAAGGAAGAAAAGCAGAAGGAAGAUAUUGGAACUGUCAUUGGAAUCGACUUGGGUACAACGUAUUCUUGUGUUGGAGUUUACAAAAAUGGAAGAGCUGAAAUCAUAGCUAACGAUCAAGGAAACAGAAUAACACCUUCGUACGUGGCAUUUACCGCCGAUGGUGAACGUUUAAUCGGAGAUGCAGCGAAAAAUCAGUUGACUACAAAUCCAGAAAACACAGUCUUUGAUGCUAAACGAUUAAUCGGUAGAGAGUGGUCGGAUACCACGGUGCAGAACGACAUCAAGUUCUUCCCGUUUAAAGUAAUUGAAAAGAAUAACAAACCGCAUAUACGAGUGGUGGUCAAUGGCGAAGAGAAAAUAUUUGCACCCGAAGAGAUCUCUGCUAUGGUUCUCGGUAAAAUGAAGGAAACUGCCGAGGCAUAUUUGGGUAAAAAAGUUACUCACGCGGUCGUCACUGUACCAGCUUACUUUAACGACGCGCAAAGACAAGCUACCAAAGAUGCAGGCACUAUUUCUGGACUCGUCGUCAUGAGAAUCAUUAACGAACCUACAGCUGCAGCAAUUGCUUACGGCUUAGACAAAAAAGAUGGAGAGAAGAACGUUUUAGUCUUUGAUUUGGGUGGCGGUACUUUCGAUGUCAGCUUACUUACCAUCGAUAAUGGUGUAUUCGAAGUCGUGGCAACUAACGGCGACACUCACUUGGGUGGCGAAGACUUUGAUCAACGAGUAAUGGACCAUUUCAUCAAACUGUACAAGAAGAAGAAGGGCAAGGACAUACGCAAGGAUAGCAGAGCUUUACAGAAGUUGCGUCGUGAAGUUGAGAAAGCUAAGCGGGCACUUAGCGUUAGCCAUCAAGUGAGGAUUGAAAUCGAAUCGUUCUUCGAAGGUGAAGACUUCUCGGAAACUUUGACGCGUGCGAAAUUCGAAGAGUUGAACAUGGAUCUUUUCCGUAGCACCUUGAAACCUGUACAGAAAGUUUUAGAAGAUUCCGACAUGAACAAGAAAGACGUUGACGAAAUUGUACUCGUCGGAGGAUCUACUAGAAUCCCAAAAGUUCAACAAUUAGUCAAGGAAUUUUUCGGUGGCAAAGAACCAUCUCGAGGUAUUAAUCCUGACGAAGCCGUCGCGUAUGGUGCCGCUGUUCAAGCUGGUGUACUUUCCGGAGAACAAGAUACAGAUGCUAUCGUGCUUCUGGACAUCAACCCGCUUACCAUGGGUAUCGAGACUGUAGGAGGUGUAAUGACCAAACUUAUUCCCAGAAAUACCGUAGUUCCGACUAAAAAAUCACAGAUCUUUUCUACCGCGUCGGACAACCAACACACAGUUACCAUUCAAGUAUACGAGGGUGAACGUCCAAUGACAAAAGACAACCAUCUUCUUGGCAAAUUCGAUCUUACCGGAAUCCCACCGGCACCUCGAGGAAUACCACAGAUCGAGGUCACAUUCGAAAUCGAUGCUAACGGUAUUCUUCAAGUAUCCGCCGAAGACAAAGGAACCGGCAACCGAGAGAAGAUCGUCAUUACCAACGAUCAAAAUAGACUUACUCGCGAAGAUAUCGACAGGAUGAUCAAGGAUGCUGAGAAAUUCGCAGAUGACGACAAGAAACUGAAGGAACGCGUAGAAGCGCGUAACGAACUUGAAUCGUAUGCUUACUCUCUGAAAAAUCAACUAGACGACAAGGAGAAACUCGGCUCAAAGGUCAGCGAUUCCGAUAAAGCCAAGAUGGAGGAAGUUAUCGAAGAGAAGAUUAAAUGGCUCGAAGAAAAUCCAGAUACCGAUCCAGAAGAAUACAAGAAGCAAAAGAAAGAACUUACCGAUAUUGUUCAGCCUAUAAUUGCCAAAUUGUACCAGGGUGCAGGCGGUGGUGUUCCACCGACCGGCGGAGACGACGACGAUUUAAAGGAUGAACUUUAACUAUAACUGAUCAGUGCAUAUAUUAUUUGUCCUAAUUUAGACUGAAUUUCACAGUCUCUCGUGCAAGUGCUGCAGAGAUUAACCACGUCGUUGAUACGUCGAGUAUACAAAAGACUGAUCGACGAGCGUUCGUUAUUCAUUAAUUUGCAUCGGAACUAUACGUGGCGGUGAUGAUCAUUCUUUGUAUUGCUAUGUAAUGUAUUUUGUCACGUAACAUAACGGUCAUUUUGAUCCUCUUCAUAAAUGAAAAGAAACAAGAAGUACACUUAAGGGAAAGAAUCGUGCUCUUCGGAGUAGCUUCUCUAAUUUCUAGAUAAGACUCCGCGCGUUAAUUUAUUUUUACUUAAUUGUUUUAUAUGUUCUAUUACAUACAUAAUCGAAUAACCAGUUGCGUAACUUACGUUACAGAUUUUCAGCGUACGUGUGAUUUAGAGUGAUUGUUGGUGCAAAUGGAGCAUAAUUUGCGUCUAUUUACUGCCUGUAGAGAAACUACACGGUACUAUGUACAGUAUAGCUGUUCUGUAUGAGUGAAUGUCACAUGUAUCAGUAUCACCGAAAUAAACGUUUUUUCAAUAAACCA